AUGGACAAGCUUAUGAAACAACUGCCAACUAUGCCAGCGGCGAAUCUUCUCCCGGUAGCUGGUAAUCAAGUUAGUGAUUUUUAUUUGGCAUGUCGAAAUGGUGAUAUCAAUGCUGUCAAACGAAUGCUAUGUGAUAAAAAGCGCGUGAAUAUCAACCGUAUGGAACCCAAUGGAAGUACUGCUCUUCAUGCAGCUUCCUACUUUGGUCUAAAACGAGGAAAUCCAACUUGUAUUAUGACUAUUGUUUUUCGUCGUACUGGAACUGUCAUCGGUUGUAUUCCAGUUCUUCUUCCAUAUCGAAUUGUUUUAAUUCGUUCGUAUGUUUACUGGUCUCGUUAG